CAGACUACCAUAGAUAAAACCCAAUAUUUAGAAAAGUGUUCUGAUAAUCUUGAUAGAUGGAAAUAUAGGACACUCUUUAACUAUCACUUUAAAAAACCAUAUAGUGCCUGGAGCAGUACUUGUGUUAUCUCAACCUCAACAUGUUUGUAGUAACAUGUCCAUUUGAACGUUUAGGAAACCCAGUUCUUCUUUUGUGUAAGUCCCUCUCAGAAUCAGGAAGAAUGAUUUGUUUGCUUAGGUGAGGGUAGGGCAAAAUAAAAAGGCAGAGUCAUUUUCUUCAGUUAGCGAGGGAAAGAGAAGGCUACAAACCCAGUGGUGACACAGCUUGUCACUCUCGUUAGAGGUGGUGGGACGCUGAGCAAAGGUGAGAAGGAAAUGGAAGUGUAAAAAAAGCAGGUGCAGGCCGGAAGUGGGGAUAUAGUUCAAAACUGCAGUCUGGAGGCAAGUCGUCCUUUUUCAAGCACCAGAUACAAAGACAUCACUUAAGAACUGGAUAUUUGGCAACCACAGAAAAGAUUUGGGAGAGGCAAAAGAGGAACCAUGAGGACACACAAGGAGGCUAAAUUCUUUGUACUAAGUGCAGUUGUGGCCGUUGUUCAUGCCCUCACAGUGGAAACACCUCAGCCCAAAGUGGAGGCGGCAAGAGGGAAAAAUGCCACUCUGAACUGCAUCUUCCGCGCCGCUACUACGAGUCCACAAGCUGGAGAUUUUGUUUCCUGGCAAAGAGUACAUGACACGGAAGAAUUUGCUUCCAAGCAACUUAUCGGUGAUUCAGAAUAUAAAGGAGACAAUUACAAAAACCGUUUGACGUUCUCUGGAAAUGUAAACAAUGGCAAUGUCAGCAUCACCCUUACUCAGUUGACCACGAAUGACAAUGGAUCCUAUCAAUGCACUGUCCGUCUUGCUGGGGAACUCCCUGCGAAAUCUGUAGAGAUAAAACUUGUGGUUCUUGUGAGUCCAUCCAAGCCUGUAUGCACUGUUGUAGGGAAAGCAGAAUACGGACAAAAUAUUAACCUGACCUGCAAUUCUGUGGAAGGAUUUCCCCAGCCUCAAUAUUCCUGGCAAAGUUUCGAUGCACAAAAUCAGUCUCGACCACUUGGGGGAACACAAUUUCCAGGAGGAACGCUUAUGCUGAAGAACAUUUCUGUAGACACCGUUGGAUACUACAUCUGCGUCUCCAAAAAUUCAAUUGGACAAGAAAGCUGCAACAUCAGUCUUGCUGUGGUGGCCCCGUCAAUGAAUUUUGCCCUUAUUGGUGGAAUCAUUGGUGGACUUGUUGCUGUAGUCAUUAUCGUCAUCAUUGUGGCUUACUUUUGUUGCUGUAAGAAAUCAAAGGAUAAAGACUAUGAACUAACGGAAACAGAAAAUCGCUACCAACCACCAAAUGUGCCUACUAUAAUCCGAGGACCAUCUGAAGAAGAAAUUCAAAGGGAAGAGGAGGGGGAGAAUGAGAACCACACUCUACAAAUGCCACCAGCCCGCAGACCAUCUGUAGAGUCUUCUGAAGCUGUGGCCUAAAAACAAGCAUUUCCAGCAGGGAGAAAGAAAAAGUGGCACACAUGGAAUAUUCCUCCCUCACUUCUCUGGUGUGGCUUUCCAGGACAUUAUGCACAGCAGAUUUUGCAUUGGGGUAGGGAUGGGGUGGGAAUCUGGUGGUGUUAUGGAAGACAUUAAAACACACCAAGAACAGUCAAGUUAAAAGGCUAACCAGGUUAUAAGUUUCUUUCACAAUUUUGCCCAAAAAAAGGGGAGGGUAAGAAAAUGACAUUAUAAACAUUUUAACCAUUGCCACAUAAUAGACUGCAAUUAUGUGUGUCUUGUGAUUGUAAAUUGUUGAGAAUUGACACCAUCCAUCUGCAGCAGGGGUGAGGAACAUCUUUUUUGAGCACAGGGGAUUCAUUGGCCUCAGGCAAGCAUAUCAGGAUGGUAGAUCAGCAGAGGACAUAGUUAUUGUACAAUAAUUGGUGCUGCUCCACAAUUGGCAUGUAGCCCUCAUGUUUGCCUGAAAACACACACACCAACAAACAAUCACAGACAUGGAAAGGCUGUGGUGCAGGCAUUGGCAAACUUCGGCCCUCCAGGUGCUUUGGACUUCAAUUCCCACAAUGCCUAAGAGCCUAGGAAUUGUGGGAUUUGAAAUCCAAAACACCUGGAGGACCAAAGUUUGCCUAUGUCUGCUCUAAUGUGUUUCAAGGCCUGGCAGAACUGAUGCCUUGUAGUACAAUUUCCCAAUGAGCUGGCAUUCUUUGGCUCUUGCCUUUUCCAUUGCAAAGACCAGGCACUGAGUGAGGCCCUUGUGAAUGUUGUCAUCUCAAGGUUCCUUUUGAGACAACGAUGCUCUAAUAUUAAGAGGAGACCAGUAAACAUGACGGAGAAGUGCCCUGAAGGAGCACUCUCUGGAGCUGGAUUCUCCAGGCUUCCAACCUUCUCAUUUAGAUGAUGGCUUAAUAGAGGCUUUGAACCUGUUCCUCUCUCAAACUGGUAGGGAAAUUAACUUAACAGAGGUCUUCAGGGAUUACAGAAUUUGGCCUCAUGCUAGUUUCCUAUCAGCUAUUUUACACACACACAUAAAGAGAGAACUGGCUCAGAUAUAUCUUCCACUACCACUAUAAUACCUAUGAAUAUCUAUGAGAAAAAAAUAUAUGACACAUAAGACAGUUUUAUUACAUUUAUAAUGCAACGAUGUUUGCUUGCUACAUAUGUGCUUGAUAAGUUCUAGAUACUGCCCCUCACAGCUGUGCCUUAGUUCUGAAGAUACUGUAUUUUUCCAUUACUCAAAUCUUUCCCCUGCCAAUUCAUCUAUUGCAUCUGCUGUUUAGAAUGUGAUUAUAUGACUGUCACAAAUAUUUGUUAGACAGUCCACUUAACCUGUCCCACCCUUGGUUGCAUCAUUUUGUUCAGAUUAAUUUUUGUACAUUCUUUAUAUACUAGCAGACACAUAGCACUUGUUUUAGAAGUUGACUCAGAAAUGAAAAUAAUAAGAGUCCUCCAUUUCAGAAGUGUUCGAUUUUCUGCUGUUAGAAUUGCAGCUGACUGCACAGCCUCAAAUGCAUGAAUUGUUAAUGAUUCCUUUUCUACUGAAUUUGCUGUUUAUUUGGUUUUUGGUUUUUUGUUUGGUUUUUAAAAAUAAAUAAAAUAAAGAUGUAUUUUAA